AUGCGGUCACACGUCUUCGCUGCAGUGCUCUCUGCAGCCGCUGUAGCCCGAGCAGCGCCCGCCGACGCCUCCCCGGUCGACAGCGCUGCUGCUGCUGCCGCGACAAUCACUUGGGAUGCAGCCUACACGAAAGCAAACACCGCGCUCGCCAAACUGUCACAGGCCGACAAGGUCAAUAUUGUAACAGGUGUUGGCUGGAACAAAGGGCCUUGUGUCGGCAACACACCAGCCAUCAGCUCCAUCAGCUACCCCGAGCUCUGUCUGCAAGACAGCCCCCUUGGAAUUCGUUAUGGAUCGGACGUGACUGCCUUCGUUCCUGGCAUCCAGGCAGCUUCUACUUGGGAUCGCGCUUUGAUCAACGAGCGAGGCCAAUUCAUGGGCGAGGAGACGAAAGCUUCCGGUAUACAUGUCCUCUUGGGGCCAGUCGCCGGUCCUCUAGGCAAGAUUCCCACCGGCGGGCGGAACUGGGAGGGCUUCGGUGCCGAUCCAUACCUGCAGGGAGUCGCCAUGGCCGAGACAAUCGAGGGUAUGCAAAGUGCUGGAAUUCAAGCAACGGCCAAGCACUUCAUCCUCAACGAGCAAGAGCUGAACCGCGAGACGAUAAGCUCCUCAGUCGACGACCGAACGAUGCACGAGCUGUACUUGUGGCCUUUCGCCGAUGCCGUCCAUGCCAACGUGGCCGCAGUCAUGUGUUCUUAUAACAAGAUCAACGGAACAUGGGCCUGUGAGAACGAGGGAACCCUGAACAACCUUCUCAAGACAGAGUUGGGCUUCCAAGGUUACGUCAUGACGGAUUGGAAUGCACAACACACGACAGUGGCCUCAGCCAACACCGGUCUGGACAUGACAAUGCCGGGCUCUGACUACGAUGGGAAUAGUAUAUUAUGGGGUCCCCAGUUGACUGCAGCCGUCAGCAGCGGCCAGGUCCCACAAGCCCGACUGGAUGACAUGGUCCGCCGAAUCCUGGCAUCGUGGUAUCUUGUUGGACAGGACAGCACUUACCCUUCCAUCAACCUCGACGCCAACGUGCAAGGAACCCACAGCACCAACGUUCGUGCAACGGCAAGAGAUGGAAUAGUUCUGCUGAAGAAUGACGGUAACAUUCUACCCCUGCAGAAGCCCGCGAAGCUUGGCCUUGUCGGCUCUGCUGCAGUCGUCAACCCCGCGGGCAUGAAUGCCUGUGUCGACCGCGGAUGCAACACCGGCGCUCUGGGUAUGGGCUGGGGUUCAGGCACGGCUGAUUAUCCGUAUUUUAUCGCCCCGGCAGAUGCAAUCACGACUCGUGCCAAGACCGACGGUACUCAGGUUACCGUGUCCGCCUCCGACAGUACUGGCUCGGUGGGCUCUGCAGUCAACGGCGCAGAUGCUGCCAUCGUAUUCAUCACGUCCGAUAGUGGAGAAGAAUACAUCACGGUCGAGAACAACGUUGGUGAUCGCAACAACCUCGACCCGUGGCAUAGUGGAAACGACCUCGUGAAGGCCGUUGCAGCUGCGAACGGCAAUGUGAUUGUCGUCGUCCACUCCGUCGGCCCCGUCAUUCUCGAGACCAUCCUAACCCAGCCCAAUGUCAAGGCCAUUGUCUGGGCUGGUCUCCCCUCCUCGGAGAGCGGGAAUGCGCUUGUUGAUAUCCUAUACGGAGGAACCAACCCUUCGGGUAAAUUGCCCUACACCAUCGCCAAGUCAGCGAGCGACUACGGCACGGCUGUGUCAACUGGCGACUCGGACAACUUCAAGGAGGGUCUGUUCAUCGACUACCGUCACUUUGACAAGGCUGCUAUUGCCCCGCGAUAUGAGUUCGGUUUCGGACUGUCGUACACCAACUUCACCUACUCGGAUAUCGUCAUCGAGGGGACGCCUGCAGCAGGCCCCGCAACAGGCGACAUCAUCCCUGGCGGACGAUCGGACCUCUGGGACACGGUCGCGAGCGUCACCGUCACGAUCACCAACUCCGGCGCCGUACAGGGGGCUGAAGUCGCGCAGCUGUACGUCGGGUACCCUGAUUACGCCGGCGCGCCACCAAAGCAGCUCCGAGGGUUCGAGAAGCUCGCACUUGCCGCUGGUGCGAAUGACAAUGUCACUUUCGACCUCCGGAAGCGUGAUUUGAGUGUCUGGGACGCAGCGUCACAGAACUGGGUUGUGAGAAGUGGUACCUUCACCUUCAGUGUUGGUUCUAGCAGUCGGGACAUUCGACAGAACAGCACGGUCACUGUUGGGUAA